AUGAUGGGUUGCUCGUGGGUUCGUGCGCGGUGCUACAAGCUCGCCGCCCUUGUUCUAUUCGUCGCGGCGUCUCAUCUGGAGAGCGGAACUGCGCUCAAGAUUGGAGUGGUGAUGGGAGUCAAUCAACCACACCGCGUGGUCACAGCCUUCCGUGACGUCAUUCAAUACACCAAUCAACACGCACCUAGCGACCGUUACAAGAUCACGCCGAUGACGACGAGGGUACUCGACAACGACACCUUCAACGUCACCAACGACGCCUGCAACCAGAUGUCCUCCGGGGCCGCUGUCCUGGUCUCCCCCGACGGCGGGACGGUGCACGAGGCGCUGGCGGCCAUCUCGGCCAAGCUGCACAUGCCGUUGCUCAGCACGUCCGUGGCGCGAUCGACCGCCUUCCAGAGCACGAGGUUUGGGCUCACGCUCCGACCGCAGGCUCACGGUGCCAUCGCCGCCGUCAUCCAACACCUACGCUGGCCGAGGGUGUACUACAUCUACGAUUCUGCAGAAGGACUGGACCGACUCCAGGAGGUGCUGGCGGCUCUUCCCGCGGACUACGGUCUCCAGGUCGAGUUCGUCAAAAGGAUCCGCGGCGAGAGGGCUGCCGUCGACUUCCUGCAGCAACGCGAGAACCAAGAGUGGGACACCGAGAAGUACAUCCUCCUGGACUGCAGUCUGGAAACGGCACGCCGUGUCGUGCAAUACGCGCACGGCAAGCGGAGGGCUUACUACACCUUCCUCUACGCCAGAUACACACUGCCGGAGUACUGGAAAGACAUCCAAACGUACGACGCCACCAAAGUGCUAGCCCUCAGGAUACUCCAGGAGGACGCUGACAGUCAUCACAGUGCUGUCAAAGCGGCCAGCCAAGACUCCUUCUACAGCAGCUCGGAAAGCUUAACCGAAGAAGAGGCUCUCGCGUACGACGCGGCAUCGGUGAUAACCGACGCCAUGGCGCGACUGACGAGAGAAAGACCAGAACUCAGCAUGGAGCUCCUUCAAGAAGGAUCGUCGGGACAGUCGUCCCAGUGCUACAGCACACCACUGAAUCCUUACAAACAUGGUCAACCCAUAGCCGAGAUACUCAAGAAGACGUCGGUCAACGGCACAACAGGACGGAUUAUGUUCGACGAACAUGGGCAAAGGGUUGGAUAUUCGGUCGACAUCCUAGAGCUCACGUCCCAUCACGACAUGCAGAAAAUGGGUUAUUGGACUCAGUCCAGUGGGUUUAUAAAACAAGAGGAUACAAGAAGCUUCCAUCCUACCCGAGUAGACGUCAUUCCGAGAAAAAUUAUCGUGACGACCAUCUUGGAACCACCCUUCAUGAUGUACAAAAACCCAAACGACACGAGCGACAACGAGGACAAUCUUCAAGGAUACUGCAAGGACCUCAUCGACAAGAUGAUGAGGUCGAUAGGCCACGAGUACUCCAUUCGGCUCGUCAAGGACAACAAGUACGGAUCCCGGGACAUCUCGUCACAGUCCGGUUGGAACGGCAUGAUCGGGGAGAUCCUUCGUAAGGACGCAGACAUCGCCGUCGCACCGAUCACCAUCACCGCCGAACGAAGCAAGGCCGUCUACUUCACCGAGCCGUUCAUGACCACGGGCUACGGUGUCCUGGCCAAGGCCCCUCCGCGGGAGACCAUCAGCGUCUUCACGGUCUUCAGCUUCCUGAGGCCCCUCUCGUGGGAGAUCUGGCUCUGCCUGCUGGCCGCGUACGUGGCCGUCUCCAUCGUGCUGUUUGUGGUCAACCGGAUCAACCUGGCCGUGGCCACACCUCCGCGUCAGCCGCCCGGAGCCUGCAGCCACCUGUACAACUCGCUGUGGUACUCCCUCGGAGCCUUCAUGGCUGAGGAGUGCAACAACUGUAGACCCAAGUCCGUUGGCAGCCGUAUCAUCAGCUGCGGUUGGUGGUUCUUCGUUCUGGUGAUGCUCUCGAUGUACACGGCCCAGCUGUGGGUCAACCAGCCGUUCAGUGCCCCGUCUGGGCCCCUCAAGGACAUCAAGGACCUCGCCACGCAGGAGAAGAUCGAAUACGGAAUCGUGAAGGACUCGGCCAUCGAGGAUUUCUUCAAGCGCACCAGAGACCCAAUCUACUCCCGGAUGUGGGAGUCCAUGGCUUCUUUCAACAACGCCAUGGCCAACACGCACGAGGACGGGGUGCUCAGAGUCCGCGAGUCCGGGGGCAACUAUGCCUUCGUGUUGGACUCUCGCAAGCUGGAGUACUCCAGCGCCAAGGCGCCCUGCGACCUCGCUCAGCUCGGAGACACGUUCCAGAAGGGAGGCUACGGCAUUGUCAUGUCGCACAAGUUCCCGCUCAAAAAAACAAUUGACGUCACAGUUGGCAGACUUCAGGAAGACGAAUACCUAACCAUGCUGUACAACAAAUGGUUCAAGAAAGAAGAAUGUCCACAGCCUCGACCUGUGAGUACUGCACUGGAGGUGAUCAAGGUCGGCGGUUGGUUUGUGCUCCUGGGAGCGGGAUUACUGAUCGCCAUAGCGGUCGCCAUCGCCGAAGUCUGGUGCAAGAAGCCCAAGAAGGCCAAGAAGCCCAAGAAACCCAAGGAGCCCAAGGAACCCAAGCCCAAGAAGGAAAAGAAGAAGAAAGAGAAGAAAGAAAAGGACGGCGAACAAAUCAAGGAAGAAGGGGUGGAAACGCAGCUCUUGCAGCCAGGCAACCCUGGCAGAGGCAUGUACGAGCACGGAGGCGGCGACGGCGGCUACCCAGGCGGCGCCGACGAGACCAUCGAAGAGGUCGGCGAGGAGGACGAGGACGACGUGGUCAAGGUGCCCAUAGCGGACGUCGAGAACCUGACCGACAGCGUGGACGACACCAAGGGCAUAACGCGCGACGUCACGGCGGACCGCAUCGUGCCGCUAGCCGUGAACCCCCUAGAGAACCACCCUGAGAUCAAGUCCAUCGACCAUAGUCCCAUGGAAUCCCCCAAAGGUGGUUACGAGAGUUCGGAAGUCUAA